GUGGUUUGUGCGGACUGCUCCGAUCUCGACACCUUUUACUGCUCAAUGUGUGGUGUUUGGACAACCCCUAGCGAAAUGUUCAAACACCUAGAGACAGUAGGACACAAGCUAGCUUACUUGUUCCGCAACUAUAAAAUGUACCAUCAAACGGUUGUGUCAGAAUCAAAUUCGCUUGUACGAGAAGCGAUGCUUUCCCAAUUUGCUAUUCAGAUUUGGAAGAUGGAGAAGCCACCGGGACAAGUAUCCAAUCGUCUCCGGUCGUUACUUGAUCGUGCCACAAUUGAACGUGUUUGGCCUGAACAUGUAAAGGUCUUGGAUCAGUCCUGGAAAGAGGACGGAAAGACAGUUGGUCGAGUAGAAGUGCCUCCACCUAUCUCAAAGGAAGCUUGGAGUUUUGUCAACGUUGAAUUAUCUGGAGAUGUAAAGAAUAAGAAGGAGGAGAAGAAGAUCAAAAAAGAGGUUUACGAAAAAGAAGACGCUCCCUCUAAGGAAAAAGAGGGGUAUGUAAUCUUGAAACGUACUACAAAAAGAGUAUUUAUUGUUGAGAAUGAAGAGGCCGUUAUGUAA